AUUCAAUUCAAGCAAACACGUUGGUUGGUCCUUACUCCCCAGCCCUUCGGCAGGCAGGUAGGCAACCGACCACGCCACACAGACCACAUAGAUAACACACACAAGGACACAGCCAGUGCCAGACUGAGUCAUCAUAUGCCACGGAGCUGAGCUGUCAGCCACACGAAAACCGGUGGAAGUCUUGCUGGUGUGCCACCGAUGUCCAUCCAUCCAUCCAUCCAUUCAUCCAGUCAGCAACGCAGGCAGGACGAAAGCGCCCGGUGAGUGAGUGAGUGACCGAUACACAGACAUGCAGACAUAGACAGACAGACAGGCAGGCAGGCAGACACUGAAUGCGAUGACUGAAUGAUGCAGAGAGAUAGGGAGGGAAAAAGAACCCGAGAAGGGGCCCAGCAGCCAUGCCACGGAGAAAUAGAUAAAGACUUGAUAUACAUAGUCAUUCAGAAAGCGAUUCGGCCACACCACACCAUACACACAGAUAGAUUGCCCCGGUCCGUCAUGAGAGCGAGAGCAUGACACACACACACACACACACACACACAUAUGUAUCCCUUUCCCCGCCCGCCAUAUUGGUACCACACCCCCGUAAUCGAUACCUACCGUCAGUCAGUCAGCUGUUCUCCCCACCCCAGCGCAUCACUCACUCACACCCACACUCACACUCACACGCAUCCAUCCAUCCAUCCAUCAGCAUGAUGUAACAUACAUAGCACGGAGAGAUACUUACCUAUGCAUUGCUAUGAUAUCGAUCACCGUCAGUCAGUCACAGUCACGCCGCCACUCAUUGCCGGUCUGUCUGUAAUGAAUGGUAGGGAGGGAGGGUGCCGGUCAGCACCAUCUUCCAUCCAUCCAUCCAUUUAUCAAGCUGUACACACACACGCAACACAUGACGAGUCGUCCUAUUUUCCGCCGGACGGGGGGGGCAGCCACCGGCCACAAAUAUGACUAAUCGCAUCUCAGCCCCAGCCCCAGCCCCCUCGCUCGCUCGCUGCUGCUGCUGUCAUCUUUGUGUUUGCUGCCUGCCUGUAAAAACAAACAGCCGUUCGUCAUCGGCAGAAAAGGGCUGGGCUGGGCUGGGCUGCCUGUCUCCUCCUCCCCCAUUUGGAUAAAGAACCUUUAAGCCAUCCAUGCAUGAAGGCACUCGCUCACGCACUCGCUCUUGCUGUGUUCAGUAGACAGUUAGUGGUAAGAAGACAGUAAUCGAUAUGUUUAUGUGUGGCUUGACAAACAACAAGGGAGCGAAAACAGUUGCCGCACGAAAAACGGCCUUCUUCCUUCGUUUGUUCGUUCGUUGGUUCGUUCUGGCAGGCAGGCAGACAGGGAGGCAGACAGGCAGGGAAGCAGAGGAAGUGCAGGCUGGCUCGCGCGCGCACACUCGUCACCAUAAAGAUCACAUCACACCACACGCACCACAUACAUCCAUUCAUCCAUCCCCCCAUCCAUCAACACGAGGCGAGUCAUCAUCAGUCGUGUCGUUCUCUCUCCGUCCGUCCGAGAAACUGACAAAAGCCCCCCAUAUGAUGGUCCUUCCAGCCGUCCGUCCAUUGAGCUGCAUCCGCCACAGUGGUAGCCCACUACCGCCAACGCAGCACAGCGCAGAACUGUAGACCAGCCACGCUUUGCGACGGAGGUCGGCGCUGCGCUACCACUUGUUGAGAGAAUUAGCUCUCUGAUGACGCUCCCCCCGUGGAUGAUGUGAGCGGCCAGACAGACAUACACACACGCUUCCAUCCAUCCAUCCAUCCAUUCGUUCGUUUCUUAGACAACGACACCACUCUGUCAGCCAAGCCACAUGUGUAUCAGCCAGCCACCGGAUGAGUGAGUGAGAGGGGUUGUUUAAUUACAAAAAUCGGCACACUCGAGGCAGCCUGCCCAGCAUCGACUAUCUGGAGAGCAAGCUGUCUCGAUUGGCCUGACGAAAUACGAUAGAUACGUACAGACAUACACAGCGCACCACAACACACGUACACAUAACAACACGCACACACAGGCAGGCAGCCAGCCAGACAGACAGACAGCCACAUCAACUACACCCAGAUAUGCACUCGUCUAUAUAGCCACUCCCCCUCCCCUCCAUCUCCCUCACUCCAUGCCGCCAUCCAUGCGCUCGUCCCCUGCUUCUGUCUGGAAGCUCACGCGGUGCUGCUCGAACGCCCCACGGUCGUCGUCGCCCUCACCGUAGCCGAUGGCGGGCGCGCCGAUGCGGUGGUCGAUGGACGGAGGGGAGGUGGGGAGUGUGGGGACGAUGGGGCCGAUCAUGGUGCCCACGUCGAGCGCCAUGUGGUCGUCCUCCUCCUCGUCCCCCACAUACUCUGACUUGAUGUAGGGCAGCGGCCGGCCGUACGAUGAGCCACCAGCCACCUUGGUGUGCAUGUCCUCUCCUGCACACGUGUGCACACACGCACGGUAGAGGUAAUGACGGACAAAGAUUUUCUUGCCAUUCUCUGCCUUGUGUUUUUUUUCCCCUUUUCUCACCUGUGUAUGGCUGCAUCAUCUCUUGCUCCGGUGCCAGCUGCUGCUGCUGCAGCUGCAGGGCGGCCUGGACGUGCUGCAUCUGCAGGAACGGCGAGGUGGGCGGCGCGGAGAGCUCCUGCAGGGGUCCAUCGGCAGGGGGCGGCAGCACCGACAGCUGCGGCACGUGCUCGUGGUGGUUGACGCCCAUGACGGGCGGCGUGUCCGCACCGCCGUCGGACGCCAUCUCGAUGCGUCUCCUCACCAUCCGGGGACUGCCCACGGGCGAUCGUGAGCCGACGGGGCUCCCCGGGGGCGCCGACUUGGCGCGCGAUAUUGGGAAGAUCGUCGGGUCGAUGGGCAGGUGGCCCAUGAGGUCGCUGAUGUUGCUGAUCCGGGGGAAGGCCGGCCCGUUGUUGUUGUUGUUGUUGUUGUUGUUGCGGUGGAGGGGGGACGUGGAGGGCGACCCGGGCACGCUUCUCACACCCUGCAGCAACGUGCCCGGGGGCUGCAGCGUGUUGCCGCGCGUCUGUUGGGGUGAGGGGAUGGGUGUCGAUGGCGACCAUGGUUGCGCGACGGGCGUGCGGGUGUCGCUGGGCGCGCUGGGCGAGGGCGACGAUGAGCCGCCGCUGGUCGACAGCUGGAUGAUGGGAGGGUGGUGGGGGAGGAGGGAGGCGGGGAGGCUGCUCUGGCAGUACUCCUCUGCCGUCUGGUAGGAGAACACCAUGCCCUCGGGCGCCAUGGCCUCGUAGUAGUGGCAGGUGUUCUGCGGGAUGCGCACUCGGAUCCUCACUGAGCCGGGCGGCUUCUGCGGCACGACUGUACGGAUGAAGGCGAAGCCCUGGUUGACCACGCUGUCGAAGUCGGGGUCGUCGUGGUUGCUGCUGAGCUGCUGCGGGUCGGCCUCGCGGAGCGUGAAGCGCCGGCCCUGUGCCAGGAUGCCGUCACCGAAGUCGAUGAGGAACUCGUGAUCGUCGACAAACAGAUGCCGCAGGAAGUGGGCACCAGCACGGUUGAACCUGACACACAUGAGGCACCACAUGAACGAACCAGCGAUAAGCUGUGGGUGUCGCGACGUACCUGAGUUUGAUGUAUGAGUAGUUGAAGUUGCUGGAUCUGUUGGCCACCAUGGCGUUGGGGAAGAACAUCUCGACGCGGAAGAAGGGGUCGAUCGUCGGGUUGCCCUCCAGCAGCGUAUCCACAUACACACUGUCCUCGUACCGGGCAGCAGGGGGACACUGACCCCCUUCAGCAGCCCCGGCAGCAGCAGCGGCAGCAGCAGCAGCAUAGUUGAGCAGCUCCUGUGUGGCCGACACGUGUGCCUUCUCAUACAGACUGUGUGCCUCGGAGGUCACCAUCCCGUCGAUGACUUCAGUGGGGUCGAGGGAUGCGUGGCGGCGCUUUGACCGGCCGGUGGAGCUCUGGGCUGAGGGGGAGGGAGGGGGUGGGGCGGGGGAGGGGGGCUCGGGCGACCGCUCGUUCUCGGGAAUGUUCAGUCUGCGAACCACCUCCAGCCAGCACCCCCAGGAGUUCUGGUAGUGAUUUGUCGCGAACUUCUGCUUCAACACGUGCUUGCCGCACACGCGACACAGCGUCCGCUCGGCGCCACUGAACGGCCAAGGAGGGAGGGAGGGAGGGAGGGAUACAACACAGACAGACAGACAGGCAGGCAGAUAUUGGCUGGUGUGUGGUCGUGGAGCUGACUCAGUGUGGUCUCUCUCUUGUCAAGCGGGCCUUACUUGUACUCGAAGUCGAGCCGCACGUCGCCGACGAAGUCAUUGCCCCGAGUCACCUUCCGCUCGCGAAUCGUCGUCUGCGGAAACUCCCACACCUGAUAGAUAGAUCAGAUCAGGUGACAACCGACACACACACGUCACACCGGCUCCUUCCCUCCCUCCCUCCCUUCCUCCCUCCCCAAUGCGUCUGUGUACCUUUUCGAAGGCCUCGUCGAUGAGGACGUGGUCCGAAGCGAUGCGCUGGUUGAGUGGACGGCACUGCUUCAUGAAGUAUUCGGGGAGCGACCCCAUCUCCUCCAACCGGUACGCACACAUCGUGGAGAAGCUUCCUCGCCCACCCGACGGACCCUCCGUCGCUCGGUGGGGUCACGUUGGCCUCGUGAACGGCUUCCGGUAACCACACAGAUCUCCCGUGGUGCUCCAGCGGGAUCUCGCACAACGAGGGCGUCCUUUCGGCUAUGCCUGUGUGCGGCUCAUAGCGGUGAGGCGUUCCCUGCUCCUGCGCCAGGGAUCCCGGAUCAGCA